AUGCAAGGAAGGCCGCUUUUUCAGCCUCAGCUUUACCCAGAAACCAACUAUAACGGUGAUUUUCGAAUCGGCCGCAAACUCUACGGCAUUAACAAAAACCAAGAAACUUAUAAUCCCACUCACAUUUCCCCAGAGCGAUAUGAAAAACCUCAAGCCUACUACAAACCAAAAACUCCUCCUGCACAAAUCCAAGCCAAUCCUGAAAUAGUCCCAUCUCCUUCUCAACCUCCUUCAUCCAAAGCCCAAGAUUACACUAAAGAAUUAUACGAACUACAAGAAAAACUUCGGCAAAAAAAUGAAGAAUUGCAGCUUUAUCAACGGAUAAACCAAUCUCCAAGACCAGCUGAUAAUAAGCAGAACUCACUAGAAAUAUACAAUAGAAUCAACAAAGGCAUGUAUGAUAAGUAUCAAUUUCAAGAAAAAAAGAAAGAACAAGUCCAGUCGCUGGAUUAUCAAUUAUCACAAAAAGAAAAGUCAAAGCAAAUGGAAACUGUUGUAAGGGAACAAGAAUUAAUUUCAAGGCUGGAAGAUUUGCAAAGGAGAAGAGCUGAAGAGCUGCAAUCAAGAAUUGAAAAAUAUCAGAAGGCGAAAGAGUAUAGGGAACAUUUAGAAAUGCAGGCAGGGAUUAGGCAGCAUAUAAAGCAAGAAGAGAUUAUUGAUAUGAAAAGCAAUGUCCAGAUGCCGCCAGAAAUGCCACCAGCAACGAAUUAUUCAAAUAAUCAGGGACAAGGGGAAGGGUUUACAAAUGCUAUGUCAUUUUAUGACUCACUCAACUAAAUUAUUUUUUAAAAUAAAUAUGAUAAAAAAUUAUUAAAAAUUAAUAAAAAAAUAAAUUUACUAUAGGAGAAUUAGUGACAUCAAAUGGAAAUCCUAUGUAUACUAAAAAAAGACCUAGGACAAUAUUUUAUAACCCCAUAACAGGUGCUUUACAAGACACAGCCCCUUUUCUCUUCGGAAACGGCAGCCCUUCAGUCCAAAUAAUAAAGCGGCCUGAAAACCCAUAUCUUCCAGCUUUUAAAAAUAAAGCUAGAAUUGCUGUAGAUUUGGCUGACCACCCUGCUUUUCAGCAGCCAAAAUAUACAAAAAGCAGCCCGAAAGUAGUUGCAAGCUUUCCUAUCACAGGGAAUGCGAACCCUUUGAUUUAUCAGUCGGAUUUUAAAGAAUCAGCAGCAAAAUUCUUUGGAGUUGAGGAGAGACCUAUGAUUAAAAAUAGCAGUGAAAAGUCAUUAGCUAGCUAUGGAAGUAUCGUUAUCAAUAAUAGAUAA